AUGUCCCAUAACAACGGCUACUAUGGAGGGAACUCUGGCCGCUAUGGUGGGUACGGUUCUGGAAAUAAGAGAUCAGGUGGCUAUUCUUCUGGUGGCUCGUCUUACCGCUCGGAUGGUAGCGCCAAUAAUGGGAACAAUGGAGAAGGUUCCUCACAGUCCAACCCUAACGGCUCCAAUUCAUCACUGAAUUCAUCAGGAAGACGUUCAUAUGGAGGAGGUAGAGAUCGUGAUUACUACAGCGGUUACCGUAACAAUGGCAGUGGAAAUGGAGGCGGUGGAAAUAAUUCUAAUAGUGGAGGAUCAGGAGGUGGAUAUGGUAGAUAUGACCAAUAUUCGCAAGGUGGUGGAUUCAAGCCUUAUAAGUCACACGGUAAAAGCUCAUACAUACCCGGAGGGUCUGGGAACUCCAAUAAUGGUGGGGGCAGUAGUAGUGGCGGUGGGAAUGGAAGUCGUAGGCGGAAUUAUGAUAGAUACGACUCAUAUCCUGGCACAUCGAAUUCAAAUAAUAAUACCAACAAUUUCAAUAAUAGUGGUAACUCUGCUAAUAAUAAUAGUAAUAUUGGUGGGCCCUCAAUCAGACAGAAUAUGCUGCGACACAGUAACUUCCACAAGACUUCCACAGGUAGUCAGAGUGAAUAUAGGCGAAAUCUGCCUGUAGAAGGAGGUAACGAUUUUAGAAGAAGAUCAUAUAAUGGAGAACCACUGAGAGCACAUGCUAAUGGUUCUAAUUCCAACUCUAAUUCCAGUUCAAACUCUAAAAAACUGUCACCAGCACCAGUGAUUUCUGACCCUAAACUUUUACAUCUCUUUGACGACGAAUAUGUACCCCCAGAAUCGAAGAAAAUUGAAACGAAAGAAUCGGGAAAAGGAGAAGAGUCUAAGAAGGAGAUGAAAUCUGAAACUAAUAAAACUAAUAAAGCUGAAGCUAAGCCCAGAGAAGAAGAGACUACGGACUCCAGUGAACUUAAAAAAGAACAAGCCAUAGCUGAAGAACCUAAGGUCAAGCCAUUAGAUAGUCAUCAACAAAAAUCGACCGAAGAACUGAAGUUUCAAAAAGAGGCAAAGGAGGAUUCGCAUGAUGUUUCCGCAACCAGACCCAAAACUACAGAUACAAAAACUAAUAAUAAGCCAUUACCCUUAGAGAAUAAUGCAUCUGCAAAACUGACCACUUCCGAGGAAGUGCAGAGGGUUGAAGAGCAAAAAGUUGAAGUGCAAAAAGUUGAAGAGCCAAAGGUUGAAGAGCCAAAGGUUGAAGAGUCAAAGGCUGAAGAGUCAAAGGUUGAAGAGUCAAAGAUUGAAGAGUCAAAGGUUGAAGAUGAACCUAAUGUGUCCAAAAGUGACAGCCGAAAGCUUGAUAAACAAAUUGAAAUUGAUGAUAAUGCGUACUCUGUGGCAAAUUCUUCUAUGCUCUCACCAGUUGGAGAUGGCGAUCAUUUAGAUGAUCCAUUCUUCAAUCAAUUAGGAACGAUAACAGAAUCUAAAGAAUCCACGAAUAAUAUAUCAAAGGAUAAGAUAUUGAGCGAUGAUGAUAUGGAGAAUGUUUCUGAAGCGGAAACAAUUAUCACCAAUUCCCCACCUCGAGUAAAUAAAGCCAGAAGAUUGGUAAGAAAACUGGAAUUUGAUCGAGAAAGAGAAGAUUUACUUCACCGUAAGAAGACUCGUCGCUAUGCUUCUGAAUCAGAACAUGAUGAUGACGACGAAGAUGAUCAUAAAUCAGUGAAUACUGAUGAUGCAGACGAUCUGCAAGCAGAGGGAGAUUUUAAAUCGAAGGGCCGCGAAUAUGGCUCCUCUUCUAAGGAUAUUGUUCGCCCAUACAAAAUGAAACGUGACUCUACUGGUAGAUCGCUUCUUCAAAGAGCAUGUGGCAAGGGAAGUUUAUCUGAAGUCAAGAAUUAUAUUGAAAGAGGCGCAGACCCCAAUGAAAGUGAUUAUUGUGGAUUUACUUGUUUACACGAAGCUGCGUUAGAGGGCCAUUCUAAAUUAGUUGAAUACUUGAUCAGCAAAGGAGCUGAUGUUAACAAGCAAGCGCAACAAGCGGGUGAUCUUGAAACUCCUUUGAUUGAUGCGGCUGAAAAUAAACACUUGGAAACUGUUAAAGUAUUGAUUGCGAAUGGCGCUGACCCACGCGUAUAUAAUUUAGACGGGUUCACUGCAUUGACAAAGAUAUAUAACGAACACGAUGGAGAAGAUGGAUACCAAGAGAUUAUUAAGGUAUUAGAGGAAGCAAAUUCCAAAUUUGCCGACAAGGAAGAGAAGCUGCAAAAUCCAUCUUCUGUGCUGGCUAUAUCAACACAUAGUAUUGUAGAAGAUCCUAAUGAUGUUUACUUUAGUGAACUUCUUAAGAAAAAGAAUCUUGCAAAUUCCAUUUACAAAUAUGCCGCCGAGGGCCUUAAAGAGUUUACAGCAAAUUACUUUGUUGAAGGAGGAAGUCUUGAUCAUAAACCUGAUAUUUUGAUUUUAGCUGCUAGAAACGGUCAUAUCGAGUUGGUUGAUAUCAUUCUUGGACUCAACCCAGGUCCAUACGACAUAAACCAAGAGAACAGUUGCGGAAUAACCGCGUUGGUUGCAACAGUUGGUAGGGGUCACUCUAAUGUUGUCGAAUCAUUACUCUCUAAGGGAGCUGAUCCUUCAAAGGUACGUAAGCAGGAUGGGUUGAAUUGUUUGGAAAUUGCUCAAAGGGCUAUACAUUAUGAUGCUAAGGAAGUUAAGUUACUUCAAGAUUAUAUGAAGAAGACGUCAAACGAUUCAACACAACUUCCUGACACCAAAAUGCGCAAAGAUAGCACUCCUAAGGUUAAAAAUGAUAACCCUAGCGAUUCAAUAAAGAAAAGAAAAAUUGAUGAUGAUAAUUCGGAAAGAAAAUUGAAAAAGGUGAAAUCAAGAGAUUUCGAGAAGGAAAGUAGUGCUGUAUUCACAAAGGAGAAGACACCUGAACCAUCAGAUGAUUUGAAACGCUUACAAUCCAGAGAACUCACACUUUCACCUAAAACGGAAGAACCAUCAAAAAGUAAGGUGGAAUCUCUUACGAAAUCACCAUCUCCAGCACCAGUAUUAAUUCCUUUGACGAAAGAACAAGAGGAACAAAAGGCUAGAAGUGUAGAGGAAACUAGACAAUGGCAAGAAAAAGUUGAAGCGAAGAAACGUGCAAGACGAGACAUGUUUUUACGUGCCGAAAAAGAAAAGGAAAGAAAACGUAAAGAAGAUGAAGAACGUAGAGCUUUGGAAGAAAAAGAAUCGCUUCGUUUGAGAAAAGAAGAAGAAGAAAAGAGAGCUAUUGAAGAGGUUGCUAAAGCCAAAGAACUCAAUCAAAAACGUCAAGUCUUGGAAAGGGAAAUGAUUAGAAAUAGUUAUCCCAUCGGAUUACAAACAGCUAAAUUCGGACUGGAACUUACAACUCAAGAGCUUGGACAAUAUUGUCCACUUUAUACAUUUGCAAUCGAUGGACAUGAUUAUGUUGUAGAUUUACAAAUCGCUCUUUUAACUGGUUCUAGUGUUUCCUCAUAUACCGACAAGUUAGCAUCAGAAUAUGUUAAACCAUUAGGAGAAUUCCAUAAAUCAAAACUUUGGAAUUUAUUCUAUCCAAUGAUUGGUAUUGAUAGGGAACAUCCAUUUUCCUUUUGUUCUAAAAGUGCACAAGAGGGACAUGAAAAAUUCAAAAAUCUUCUAUUGCAAUAUAUUCGCCUUGAUCAAUUAGAACCAAGAAUUCGUCAAGAAUUCCCACAAACAUUUGAAGUAAUUUGGAAUGAACAAUAUAAAACACCGGUUGAUAUUGAAACUCUUCUGGUAUUUUCUGAUAUUCCAAUUGCAACUACACCAAGUAUUCAAAAUUCAAAUUCUGAGGUUCCUGAGAUAAUUUUUAAUCCUAGUACACUCUUGGAAUCUAAGUUUGUCCCACCAAGGCUCAGAAGAAGAGCAGAUGUGUUGAAGACACUUCAAAAUACUUCAACUCCACUUUGGUAA